AUGCCCAUCACAUAUAUCAAAAUCCAGCAAAUGCCACGAAGGCGCGCUGGAAUAUUAGCGGAAAUUUCCAGUGGCGCAAUCGGUACACCAUCGGUCGCAGUGACCGUGCAAGCAUCGCAGAGUCGACAUUCCUUCGGUGGCGAUGUUCGCGUAGAAAUGAUGUGCACUCCUCCACCCCCCACAACUACAAUCAGUAUAACGCCGACGAUGACACCAGUAAUGACAACUACAACAACCGUAACACCUACCUCAUCUACGACUCCUGGAAGUACAACAACCGUUUCUGGAACCACUAGUACUACAGCCGGUACGACAACAACCGUUGCUACAACAUCAACGACCGGUACUGGCACUACUGCUACCGUAACACCAACGCCAUCAACGACUUCAGGAAGUACAACAACCGUUUCCGGUACCACUAGCACUACAGGUGCGACAACAACAACAACUGUUGCUACAACAUCAACGACCGGUACUGGCACUACUGCUACCGUAACACCAACGUCAUCAACGACUUCAGGAAGUACAACAACCGUUUCCGGUACCACUAGCACUACAGGUGCGACAACAACAACAACUGUUGCUACAACAUCAACGACCGGUACUGGUACUACAGCUACCGUAACACCAACGCCAUCUACGACUUCAGGAAGUACAACUACCGUUGCUACAACAUCAACAACAGCUGCUAGUACGUUAACCACAGCGGCACCCACGACAUCAACAACCGCUGCUAGUACUACGACCACUGCGGCACCCACAACAUCAACUACAGUCGCUAGUACUACAACGACCGCAGCACCCACAACAUCAACGACCGCUGCUAGUAUAACAACCACCGAAGCACCCACAACAUCAACGACAGCUGCUAGUACUACGACCACAGCAGCACCCACAACAUCAACGACAGCUGCUAGUACUACGACCACCGCAGAACCCACGUCAACGACAGCUGCUAGUACUACAACCACCGAAACACCCACAACAUCAACGACAGCUGCUAGUACUACGACCACUUUAGCACCCACAACAUCAACUACAGCCGCUAGUACUACAACCACCGCAGAUCCCACGUCAACGACAGCUGCUAGUACUACAACCACCGCAGUACCCACAACAUCAACGACUGUAGCUAGUACUUCAACCACAGCGGCACCCACAACAUCAACGACCGCCGCUAGUACUACAACCACCGAAGCACCCACAACAUCAACGACAGCAGCUAGUACUACGACCACAGCAGCACCCACAACAUCAACUACAGCUGCUAGUACUACGACCACCGCAGAACCCACGUCAACGACAGCUGCUAGUACUACAACCACCGAAGCACCCACAACAUCAACGACAGCUGCUAGUACUACGACCACUUUAGCACCCACAACAUCAACUACAGCCGCUAGUACUACAACCACCGCAGAUCCCACGUCAACGACAGCUGCUAGUACUACAACCACCGCAGCGCCCACAACAUCAACGACCGCUGCUAGUACUACAACCACCGAAGCACCCACGACAUCAACGACAGCUGCUAGUACUACAACGACCGCAGCACCCACAACAUCAACGACAGCUACUACUACUACUACUACUACAGGGUCUACAACUACCACCGAUACCACAGCAUCCACUACAGUUUCUAGUACUACAACAACCGAAGCAACGACAACUACUGCAGGAGCUACAACAACAACCGAUGCUACGACAUCGACGACAGCUUCUACUACUACAACAACCGAUGCAACGACGACUACUGCCGGUACAGAGACAGAUAAUGCUGCGAUACUGCAUUUUAGACCGGCAUAG